ACCCGAGGUCAAUAUGCGGCCAGGACCCGGGCUGGUCGUGAUGGCGCUUGCGUUUAUUUCGGGGGCUCGGCGUGCCAGCACCACAAACACCAUCAGCAGCAGCGGCGGCAGCAGCAGCUCGAUAACCACAACAACAACAACAACAACAACAACAACAACAACACCAGCAAUAACAACAACAACAGCACAUUUACCGUCCAGCUACGACUCGGGCCGGCAGAGCGGCAGAGAGUCGUCAAUUCUUGGAGCUGGUGGCGGCGGAUUCUCGUUUCUGUUGCCAAUAUUGCAUGACGGUAGCCCUGGUAACGACGCCCCCGCCCAAAAUUUUCCGCUCAACUUUGAUUUCUAUCGGCGGCCGGCGUUGCACGCACCAGACGAACCGCUGCGACGUGCUCGCAGUCUCGAGGCGGGCACCGAAUCGGCGGCGGGGGCGCCCGAGUCCAGCGAGGCGACGCUCAUCGGCGAGAACGACGCGGAGAACGGGGAGACGGUAGCCGAGCAGGAGGAGGAUAUCAGCGGGCUGCCCGUGCAGUACGCCUCUUCGCGCGCCUUUGACGACGACGCGGACGCGGACGGGGACGCCGUCGCGGACGAGGACAUCUUUGCGCUGGUCGCCGAGGACGAUCUUUUGUCUGAGGAAUCGUUCGAUCGGCUGAUAAAGCUGAGCGAGGACGCCGACAACGCAGCCGCCGAGGAGGAAGACUAUAAUCUAGCGCAGAGCCAGCAACAGAGGGAGCAGGAACGGGAACAGGAGCCCGAACCAGAGCAGCAGGACGAGAGUCGACUGGUCGAUGAAAGCGUGCUGCAUGCGCAACACAACGAGAACGGAAACGAGCACGGCCACGAGCACGGAAACGAGAACGGGAAAGGGAACGGGAAAGGGAACGGGAACGGGAACGAGAAAGACAACAGCAGCAACAACAAGCGCGAAACGGGUGAGGAGCAGAAGCCGCAGCCGGAGCAGGAGGAGAUCCGUGCUAACGACGCCUAUGCGUCGCAUCUAAUCGCAAUUGCCCAGAGGGACGGCGGCACCUCGUCGGUCGCUGUUGCUGCUGCAACAACAACAACAACAAAAACAAGAACGAGCGGAGCAACUGAGUCUGCGGCUGCAACAGCCGGCAUCAAAUUGCCGACGCCCGUGGAUACCAAGAAGUCCAUACUCGGCAGUGCGGCAGCUCUAACACGCCUUAAUCCUUGGAUAUCAGCUUGUGAUCUGGCACAGCCGGGCACAACAGGCACCGAUUUGCAGGGUCAGUGCUCGCCUGGCACACUGCCCAUGGCCUGGGUCGAUGAGGGACCUGGUCCGCCAAUCUGUCCGCGUUCCUGUGCCGAACAGCAGCCACCGGCGAGUAGUCCUGGCGCGCGCACCGACGAUAAUAAACUCAAGUAUUUCAUAAAUGCAAAUACGAUUAACUAUAAGUCGCCGCAUAUGCGUUUAAGUCAAAGCAACAGCAACAACAAUAACUAUAAGGCCAUGUCUAGAGUGCGACGCGACAGGCAAUGGGACGAGCUGGCAACGGAGGCAGCAACGACCACAACAGCCGAGCAGGAGUUUGAUGAGCAGGAACAGGAGGAACUGGAACAGCCGGAGGCAACCACACUCUCGGCCACAGCCAGCAGCAAUGAUGUCGACGAGCUGGAGGAUCGGUCCAUGCCCACGUUUCCCUACAGCCACCUGCAAACACACGAACAACUUAGCGCCAACGAACAACAACAGCAACAACAGCAACAACAGCAACAGCAGCAACAACAACAGUGCCUUGAUUACCUGGGCGAUGCGGCCGAGACGAGUCCACAGCAUUUGUGCGGCCUGCGGUCGCCGGGUCAGCUGCUCGCGCGCCUGCGCACCCUUCGCCUGCGCCAUUGCUGCGAGCGCAGCGUGUUCAGUGCGCUGCACACGUUGGCGCUAAAUGUGACGCUGACGGAUCGGGACGAGUGCGUCCGCCUGCUCAGAGAUUUGCUCGAUGUGGAUGCGUUGGCCAAUCGCCUCACAUGCGAGCUGGCCGAGAUACUCUUUCGCUUCGACUGCCGGCAGGUGUAUUCGCUGGUCAAUCAGUGCGAUGACUGCAAGGAAGCUUAUCGCCGCUGGGUCUGCAGCACGCUGGUGCCGUAUUUCGCCGAGCCACAGGAUGUGGAUGCAACGCCAAAGCCAACGCCAGUCGAUAACCUCGCCACGCGAGUGGCAGCUGCAAAAGCAAAGGCAGCGGGCAAAAGUAAACGUGCGGCGCGAAAUGCAGGAGGAGGAGCUGCUACUGCUGCUGCUGCUGCUGCUGCUGCUGCUGGCACGGGCGGCAUCAAACAUAAAUCUCAGAAAUUAAUCAGCAAUAAUAAUAAAUCAAAGAACGGCAAUAACAUGAACGAGCGUCAGAUUAAUCAACAGCAUGACGAGGACAAUGAGCCCAGCGAUGAGCCGCAAAACAAAAUUUCAAAUGCCAAUGUGGCUCGUUCGUUCUACGAUGUCGUUGGCAUUGGCCAGCAUCAGACCCAGACCCGUGCCCAGACCCAGUUCCAAUACCAGUUCCAGUUCCAGUUUCACAACAACAACAACAACAACAACAGCAACAGCCGAGCCGCCCUUGCUCAGCGUCAAAAAGAGGAAGACGAACAAUUCAAUAAUUUCAUAUCGACUGCCAAUAAUGCGGAUCCCAGCGCAGCGGAUCCAGUGAUAUCAAAACUACAAAAGAGAUCAACACGCAAGGCAGAGUUCCGUAAGCGCCGCCGCAUUCGACCCUGCCUGAGCGUGUGCCAAACUGUGGAACAAAAGUGCCCCUAUCUGCUGCCCGCCGACCGCGCCCCCGCGCUGCCCACCCAAUAUGCCGGCGAGCCGACAUUUGUAUGCCUAGAUCAAAACAUACCCGAGACUGGCGAGCAGCUGAAGAAAUCCAGCUACGGCCCCAACGACUGCUGCUACAGCUACUGCAACGGACCCACUGAGGGCAUUUGCACCGUCUGCCAGGAUUUUGCGCCCACCUCCGAUCCCAGCGGCAGCAACAACAACACGAACAACAGCUCGAGCGGCCGCCGCGUGCACAACAUAACCCUGACGCUGAACUCGCCGCCCGGGGAGCAUGCGCGUGCGGCCAGCGUCUCGCUGGCGCUGCGGAACGUCUCGUAUGCGAUGGAGCCCGGCGCGGAGCUGCUGGAGCGGCUGCCCUAUUAUGCCCACUACGAUGGCCUGUACUACUAUGACGACGAUGGGGGCAGCGAUAUGCCGGAGCGGCCGCUGUCCGGCGGCUGCGCGGCGGUGCCGUCGGUGACCACGCGCUGCACGAUACCCUAUUAUGCAUCCGGUGUGGCGCCGUCGCCGCCGACGCAGCUGCUCGUCUGGCUAAGCGCCCUGCUCGGUCUGCUGAGCAGCUGUGGGGCGGCGCGACAGCGAUGCGGGCGUGCCCGCGGCACGGCGCGCGUCGACCAGUGUCCGGCCAGCUGCCACGAGCUGUUAGCCACAGCGACUCCCAGCCCGGAGGCGCAGCACGGCGCCAGCAGCGUUCGGCGCUGGCGCGACGACAGCGGAAACGGAAGUGCACGCUUCGCUGCCAGCGACAGGCACCAAUGGUCCUGGCCGUCCGCUUGGGUGUGGGCAUGGGCGUGGGCAUGGUCAUGGCUAUGGGCGUGGCCAUUGAAUAUGUGUAGAAAAGUGCGUUACUUUCGCUGCAACAGCAGAAGCAAAUUAAAAUGCAAGCGAGAGUUGAGUCGAGUCAGGUCGCGGGAUCGUAGUCGUAUAAUUAACUAUAGAGACUUGCAGCAGCUACAAAUACGAAUCAAGUGCAGCGAUAGGAAUAGGUAUGAUAAGAAUUACCGUUAUGUCUACUACUACAACUACAACAUAAACGAUUGGUGGCGAAGAUGGAAGUGGUUCGGCGGAAAUGCGGCAACCAUCAACUCAAAUGGCGCCUUAUAGUGCAUGCAAUAAGUAUGCGGCCACACACACACACACACACACACACACACACACACACACACACACACACACAUACACAGAGAAACACACACAAAUUGCGGAUUUUCACAGAGAUUUGCAGUUUACAAAAAAAAAAAAAAAAAACAAAAUGAAAAUGUCAUUAAUUGUAUUUCGUACUCUAGAAAAUUACUCGUAAUGCUAGCUAAUUAAAAACGAAAACAAACACAAAAAAAGUUGAGUGUAAAAAAAAAAAAAACAAAAAUAAAUUAACAAAAAAAAAAACAAAUAAGAAAGAAAUUGCAGAGCGUUUCCCCUGCCAAUUUGUUUUGGAGCCAAAGCCGUUAAAAGGAAACGUAACGAAAAUUUAAAUGAGACAUGGAAAAUGUAUUGAAA